GAAAUAUUGAUGUAAAUUCAAAAACGUGAAAACUCUGAAUACAUACAACUGCUGGGACGUAAAUGAACUCGUUUCAGAAACUCAUUAAGGACACAUUGGAUAACUAAAUUUAAUAAGCUUUAAAUACGUUAUAAGCAUAUUUUAUAGACGCUGAAAUGAGAUGUGAUAAUUUGGAUUGAAAGAAUUGGAUAGAUUUUAUCAAUGGAUAUAUUCCAAGCUAUCAAUUCCAAAAAAAUCAAAAAAAUUAAAACUAUCCUUCGCAAAAAACCUGAGCUUGUAAAUAAGAGGCGUGAUGGAGAGCUCCCGUUACAUGUGGCGUCUGAGAAAGGAUGGACAGAUAUUGCAGAACUUCUCCUCAAGUCCCACGCAGAUGUUGACGCGGAGGACACUAACGGUUGGACACCAUUACAUACAGCAUGUCACUACAAUCAUUACGACACCAUGUUACUGCUUCUGGAUCACGGCGCUGACCCCACGCACAGAUGCAAUUUAGGGGACACAGUCCUCCACGCUGCUGCGCGAAAUGGAAAUGUGGAGAUUUUACAACGAUUAGUGAAUUAUAACAUAGAUCUGAACGCCACUAAUUUUGACGGUUGGACUGCUCUCCAUCGUGCUGCUUAUUCGAAUAAAGAGGAUGCCGUUAUGUUUUUAAUUAUUGAAGGCGUCGAUGUGGAUAUUUUAAGCCUGAGUGGUAAAUCGGCAUUUGAUUUAGCCUUGAGCUUACGUCAUGAUAACUUAGCAGAAAUUAUAAAUAGUUACGGACACCGACAAAAAUUAAGUUUAGAAAGACAAAGGAAGUUGGAGGAAGAAACUGAAGUGACGUUACGGUUGAGUGAAGCAACGUUUUCUGAUCACAACACUAACCAAAGUAAUGGCAAUUUUAAGAAAUUUAUUGCAACUCACAAAACAAAACUCGCAUCCUUAUUUCAGAAACCUAUUUCGACGCCCAACAAAGACGUCAUGACAUCCGACACUACGACGUCCAACAGCGACGUCAUGACAACCGACACUACGGCAGAAACAAGCCAUAGCAGCGUCGCUGAACAGUUAGUUCAAUGCAAAACUCUCCUGAACAGAAAAAAGGAAAAUCUUCUAGAAUAUAAAAAUACUCUUAAAACAAAACUUUUCAAAAACAGAAGUGAUACAGAAACAGAGAAUGAGACUGAGAUUAGAAACGAGGCUGCUUCUUCUGAUGCGAAUACUGAAGAUGAGAAAGCUGACGAAAAUGAAAACAAAGAGUUGGACGAUAUGGAAGAAGAUGAAAAUGAAUGCCCGGUGUGUUUUGAAGUACCAUUACCUCCCAUCCAGAUAUACCAAUGUACGAAUGGACAUCUGUAUUGUGGGAGAUGUAAACAAAUGCCGAACAUGCAGAAAUGUCCUUUUUGUGGAGUUUGCAUCUCAGGAUUGAAUAACAGGAACAGAUUCGCUGAAGAAACAAUUAAAAAAUUGUAUAGUAAAAAAGACAGUUGAUUAAAGGUUUGUGUGACCAAGGUUAAUAGAUAAUAUCUUUUUC